CUCAACAAUUAUUUAAACCAGUUCUAAAUACCUUACUAAUAAUUUAUAAUUUAUCCAUCCAUUGUUAUAAAAAAAUUCUUUCAUUUCUUUUUCUCAUUCUCUACUUUUUUUUUGGGUUUUCAAAAAGGAUUCUAAGUGAUUAGAGAAUUUUAAACAAUGGCUAAUAAUGCGGCGGCGUGUGCUGAGAGGGCCACUAGUGACAUGUUAAUCGGUCCAGACUGGGCGAUGAACAUCGAGCUAUGCGAUAUCAUCAACAUGGAUCCUGGGCAAGCUAAAGAUGCAUUGAAGGUAUUGAAGAAGCGCCUGGGAAGUAAAAAUCCUAAAAUACAACUUUUGGCUCUCUUUGCACUUGAGACUCUCAGCAAAAAUUGUGGUGAUAGUGUGUUUCAGCAGAUUGUCGAGCGUGAUAUCUUACAUGAAAUGGUUAAAAUAGUAAAAAAGAAGCCAGAUUUGAAUGUGAGGGAAAAGAUACUUAUUUUAAUUGACACGUGGCAAGAAGCUUUUGGGGGACCAAGAGGGAGGUAUCCCCAAUAUCAUGCUGCAUAUAAUGAACUCAGGUCUGCUGGAGUUGAAUUUCCGCCCCGGGCUGAGAAUAGUGUACCAUUUUUUACUCCACCACAAACCCAGCCAAUCAUUAACCCUACUUCAUAUGAUGAUGCUGCCAUACAAGCCUCUUUACAGUCAGAUGCUUCUGGCCUCAGCUUGGCAGAGAUUCGAAGUGCCCAGGGAAUAGCAGAUGUAUUAAUGGAAAUGCUAAGUGCCUUAGAUCCAAAGAAACCUGAGGGCGUGAAGCAAGAAGUAAUUAUUGACCUUGUUGAUCAGUGUCGAUCUUACCAAAAACGUGUUAUGCUUCUUGUAAAUGACACAGCGGAUGAGGAACUUUUAUGUCAGGGAUUGGCAUUGAAUGAUUGCUUGCAGCGUGUACUUCGUCGGCAUGAUGAUAUUGAGAAAGGAACUCCAUCUGCAGGAGCUACAGAGAAUCCAGUUGUGCCACUUGUUAAUGUCAACCAUGACGAUGAUGAGUCCGAAGAUGAUUUUGCUCAGUUGUCUCACAGGAAACCAGCCAGUACUAGAAGUGAACCAACACCAGUCAACCCACUUCUUCCUCCUCCACCGUCAUCAAAAAAGCCAGUCUUCACAGAUGCCGGCACAAUUGACUAUCUCAGUGGUGAUGUGUACAAAUCUAAAGCAUAUAAUGAGACACCUGAGCGUGCACCUUUUGCUGCUCCAAAUCAUACGUAUACAAAUUCCUCACCACCAUUGACCCCAACACGGUCUUUCUCACCCCCUUCCAAUGCCAGUAAUGCAAACUCAUCACCUCUUUAUUCUUCACGGCCUGUAUAUGAUGAACCAGCUUUCUCGAGCAAAUCUCCUGAGAGGCUACCCACUGCUCCUUGGGAUACUCAACCAGGUGGAAACCUUCCACCGCCUCCUUCCAAGUACAAUCAAAGACAACAUUUCUUCGAGCAUCAACAUAGUUUUCCUGCUCAAUCAAGCAGUGGGUCUGGUUCCUCUUAUGACAGCUUAGUGGGACAAACCCAGUCCCUGUCUCUGAAUUCAUCUACUCCUAAGAGAGAAGAAAAACCGGAAGAUGCUUUGUUCAAGGAUCUUGUUGAUUUUGCCAAAUCCAAGUCAUCCUCUAAGCCGAAAUCCAAUAGGUCAUUUUGAGUAUAGUUAGUAGCAGAGAGUACUUGUGAUACAGGUUUGGACUUGGGACUAUAUUGUUAGUUGAUCAGGCUUUGCAGCAGAUAAAUAAACAUGGGUGUAUGACUUUGGAUUCUGGUUUGACAUUUCUUUUAGCCUGUUAAUCUUUUUAGUCAACUUCUCAUCGGAUAUUGUUUUGGUUUAUACUCUCCGGUAUAUCAUUGUAUCAUAUUAUUCUAUUUGUUUCUC